UUUUAUAAAAUAAUUUUUUUUCAAUAUUAAGAAAAGAUACGUAUUAAAUAAACAUUUUAAAUUAUAGCUUGUAAUGCAAUUUUUUUAUACCAUAAAAAAAAGCCUGCCAUUUAUUCUAAAUGCAGGUCUUACAAACAUUUAAAUUUUGAACACAAAAUAAAAAAAAAAUCAUUAGUGUAACAAAUAUCAAAUAAAUGUAGGAAAUCAGAAUUUUAUAACUGUACAAUUUUUGACAAAAUUUACAUAAAAUAUAUAAUGGGUUAUUAUGCUAGCGGCGAUACACGAAAAACUAUACAAACUUCCGAAGAUGACGAAGGUUAUGAAAAUCAAUCAUCCUGUACUACAAUAUCUGUUGGGUCACCAGCACCACCAAUAUCCGAUGACACUGAUCGACCAUUUUGGGCUGAAGAUGAAUUAAGUACUUCAGAAUCAAAGCAUCAGUUAAACGAAAAACAGAAACGUCGACGUAGCUCGUCUUAUCGUAAUCGUAUCGCUGUACACAGAAGUCGAUCUUUACUUUUUCAAUCGUCAAGUUCUAGUUUAGAUUCACUGUGUGAACAAAUUUCACCUGGAGUCGAAAAUAAACGCAGAAGCAUCAUGCAUUUAUAAUAAAUAAAAAGUUUUACCAAAAGUAAAUUGUUUAGCACUGUCUUAAAUAGUGACGUCUUUUUUCAAAGUUAAAUCAAGUGGCUAUCAAGCAACUGUAAACAAGAAUAAUUAUAGUAUUCGUAAACAUAUUUGUUCCUGUUACAAAUCAAAUAAGGAUUGUACAUAUAAAGUACAAAAUACAAAAAUACAUCUAUUUUAAAAUACAAUUAACACAAAAUUAAGAAAUUGAACAUAUUAUCAGCUAUGUACUUUAUAAUCAACGAUCGAGAUAAAAAUGAAUAUAAGAAGCUCGGCAAACUUCGAAUUCAAACAACACUACAUCCUGCUUUUACUCUAAUCUUCUUGGGCUUUUGUAUGAUAUUUUUAAUAUUAUCAGCAUGGAAUUUCAAUAAUACAUUAAAUCGGACGAUUACCAGUCAUGUAUUUUAUCUAAAUUCAAGACAACCGCUUUUACAUACUGUGUCAGACAAAUUUUUGUCAUUCGGUCUUGAUACAUCGUUACUUCGUGAUAUGAAAAGUCUCCCAAUAAAAGAUAAUAAAUUUAUAAAUUUAGCUCGACAUCUUGCACCAGCUUAUGUUCGAAUAGGUGGUACAUCUGCGGACUGUCUUCAUUUUAAUCAAACGACAAAAAUAAUAUCCGAAGAAAUAAUUAAUCCGGUAGACGGCCAAGAUAUAAAUAAUUUUACAAUUAACGGGAUGGACUUUGAAAAUUUAUACAAGUUUGCUGCAGAAUCAAAUUUGCGAAUGAUAUUCGACUUAAAUGUAUUAAUUAGGGCUGAUAAUGGAUCUUGGGAUGAUAUUAAUGUCAAAAAUAUAAUUUCAUUUGCCAAGAAUAAAAACAUGAAACUAGAUUGGCAAUUAGGAAAUGAACCAAAUUCUUUUUAUCAUGUAUUUAACAGAAAUGUUAGUGCAAUUCAACUUGCACGUGAUUAUCAUCAAUUAAGACAAUUAUUAAAUGAAGUAGGAUACAAUGAAAGUCUUCUUGUGGGUCCAGAAGUAAAUCAUGUAGGAGAUACAGAUCAUAAGGGAGAGUAUUAUGUAAAAACAUUUUUAGAAAAUGAUAAAAAUAGUGUGAACUAUGUUACUUGGCAUCAAUAUUAUCUAAAUGGAAGAGAAGCUCGAUUAACUGAUUUUAUAAAUAUUUCAACUUUUAAUUAUUUACCAAAACAAAUUAAAUCUAUGCAAGAAGCAAUUAAAUCAUCAGGAGAACUUAUCUCUAUGUGGUUAUCAGAAACAAGUACAGCUUAUGGUGGAGGAGCUCCAGAAUUGUCGGAUAGAUUUGUGGCUGGAUUUUUAUGGCUUGAUAAAUUGGGAUACAGUGCCAUUGCAGGAUUGAAUGUUGUUACCAGGCAAUCAUUGUUUGGUGGAAACUAUGCUAUGAUUGGGCCUGAUCUUAUGCCAAAUCCUGAUUGGUGGAUUAGUGUAAUUUAUAAGAAGUUUGUUUCGGAAAAAGUUUUAAGAUUAUCAACAUCUCUCGAGUAUUUACGAUUUUACGCACACUGCACUCCAAGAAAUGGAUUGCCAUGGAUUGGCAAAGUUUCAGCAAUUACGAUAUAUGGAAGUAAUCUAGCUAACUUUUCUGUUCCUAUUAGUAUUCAAGGAAUUCCUGUGUUUCACAGAAAUGCUAAAGCUUUUCUAUAUGUACUUACUUCUGACAGUUUGCAAUCAAGAACAAUAAAAAUAAAUGGACAAAUAUUAAAAUUGCAAUCUAAUGGAAAUUUACCAUCGUUUCAACCUAUUGUAUUUGAACCUACGCAACAUAUUAUUUUACCACCUUAUUCCAUGACAUUUAUUGUAAUACAUGGUGCAAAGGUUCCAGUAUGUUAUAUAUAAAUAAAUUUAUACUAUACAUAAAUUCGAUUAAAUUAUUUUAUAUUGUACAUUUCCUAUACAUUAAAAAUUUACAUUAUGGAAUCUUACAAAACAUAUUUUUACAAUCAUAUUAGUAAAGAAAAAUUAACUAAACAAUUACAGAUUAUGAGUGCGCACGUAUAUAUGCAAUUAUAUUAACACUAUUUGAUAUAUGUAUCUCAUUAUAAUCAACAUCUGGUGUAUUAUAAUACAAAGACUAAUGUAUAUAUGAUUUUUUUUAUAAACCACUUUUUUUAUUGUGCCACUUUCAUUCAGCCAUUAAUAUAUCACAACAUUGUUCUAUCGUUGAAAGAUAUUUAAAGUAGCAUAUUUACUUAUUUAUUUGCUAGUAUACUGUAUUAUAUUCUUUUGUAACUAUAAAACAAAACAUUUUUCUGAAAAUUAUACAUUACAAAUACUACAUAAAGAAAAACCAUAAUACACAAGAAGUAUAUAAAUACUGAAAAUAGUACAAUGCUAGGUUGAUGGAAUGAUUAAAUUUAUCAUUAUCUUACAGGAAAAUAUUAUUGCAUGAAAUUAAAAUCAAUAUUACAAUUAAGCGUAUUUAAAAAACAGCACUAACCAAUUUUAAUGUAUAUUAUACAUAUACAAAUUAUUGCAACUGAAAAUGUAUUUGACAAUUUAUUAUUGUGUUAUAAGAUACUAUGUAUGUACAUAAUAUGUUUAGUAACAUAAUAUUAUUAUAUAUUAUUCUUGAGCUGAAAUAGUAAUUGUUUUUCCUUUGGGAUCAUCAAAUCUAUCCAUUGUACGUAUAUCUAUAAUCAUGGUAAGAGCCCAAAUCAUAAUUAAAGCUAAUAUGGCAGUAACAAAUAUACCUGCCCAAAUUGGAAUUGUAGUAAAACCGAUACAAUCAUAUGCAUCAUCAAAUACUUUUACAUUGUUAUUUUUUGUUGGAUCAAGUUGUACUUGUAAAUUUGUUAUAUUUAAGAUUGUAGAACUAUUGUUAAAUGUAAUACUUUGUGAACAAUGAUAAGAGAAAUUAAAUGGAAAAACAAUAUCUGUAUUUGUUGUUAAACUUUGAUCAUUGACAAAAGUUGCAUCAGAAGAUUGAUAAUUAACUGUUUUAAGUGUAUAAUAUCCUGGAGUUUUAACUUCAAACAUAAAUUCAAAUGUAUAUGUAGGUAAAUUAGGUGUACUAAACUUCAUGACCAAGGUAGAUGAAGAUUCUGUUUUACCUGAUUUAUCUGAAACUGUGGGGUUAGAUGAAAAUUCUAUUUCAUCUUUGUCUUCUUCAAGCUAUCAAUGAUAAUGGUUUACUAGCAUAGAAUAACACUCUGUUUGAUGCAACAAGAAAAGGUUCAUUAGUGUCCCUUUUUAUUCGCUCAGAACGUCUAUAACUACAGGCUUUUCCUGUAAGUAUAGCUAUCAAAUUAGGGCUAGAAUCCUUUAUUGUCUUGUACGUCUCAGGAAUAACAUCUAAAUUACUAAUUGGCACAAUCAAUAAUUGCCCAUCAGAUAUAAAAUCGACAUAAUCAUUAUAGGUUUGAUUAUAUGAAGGUAAGUCUUCAACGGUAUUCACUGCUUUUUCAACAGCAGGAAAAUAACGUAGAGAAUCGCUACUAAUGACUUUUUGAAGAUGCUGUUUGUGUUUCACUAAAUCCUCAAUACAGAAAUUAUCUUUUAUAUAAAGAAGAACUGGAGGUGAAUUUUCUAAUGUUUUACGCAGGAAAAUAUCAAAUUCCUCGCUGGUACUCUUUAAAAAAGGAUUCACUGCACUUGUUAAAUCAGAAUUAAUUGACCCACCCCAUAGCAAUACAGGUACUGCAUUAUCAGCAUGUGAAGGUGAAAUUUGAAAUACAAUGUUUAUAAGAAUAAAUAUGAAACAGCAAAUAUUACAAAAUUGUGUCAUCAUGUUCUUAGGCAAACACAACUGGGCGAGUCGGAUAGGUAUUGAUAGACUGCGUUCGACCAGAAAGUAACAGAGCACCUGACUAGGCUAAGCUAGAAUCAUAUGACAGACGUCACGUGAUAACUUUGUUUCCGGAUUUCAAAUAAACCUUCAUUUCGAAUUAAGCCAAUCCAUUUUAUGAAAUUGUUUAUUAAACAGAGUGAAAUGUGAAAAAUUAUUUCGCAGGCAUAAAAAUUUUCGUCGUAUUAGAUCCCCUCAGUUCAAUUCUUUUAGAUUUCAUUAAUUUUUUAGUUCAAAAUGGACAAAACUGAAGGAAAACAGGAAACUAUCAUGUAUUCGCAACUGCAACCGUGGUCCACAGUGGGUGUACUACCGUGCAUGGAGCAAAUUGCUGGUCCACCGAUACCGGUUAGAGUUGGGGAAUUCUACAAAACGCCAAAACCACAUCCUUGGCGUCCUACUUUAGGAUAUGAAAUCAUCGAAGCAUCUCCUCUGCCUGCACAACCUAUGACAAAUUUGCUCGCUAAUACCUGUUACAUGCCGAAAGGAAUGGCUACAGAACCGUUGCGAUUUCCAAAUCUAGUGACUGGUUUUGAUAGAAAUCCGGCACAUGCAGCACGAGCUGCACUCUUCACAAAAUACGGACCGUAUGAAUGGAUGCAAAAUCAAUUAAAACUUUACAACGAAUCGAACAGCAAUAGAAAUUUUUCUGAAAACUUACGACAGGAUACUGUUCGAAUGAUGCGAGAGGCCAAUGAAAAAAUACAGAACGGUCAAACUGAAACUGGCCGUAAAUUAGGAGAAAGAAUUACAGAUACUACCUUUUGGAGAAAUGAGGUGGCUUCAGAAUUAGAGAGAUUGAUAAUAGAAAAUGCAAAAAUGCAAGACUGUCGUCGAAACCUGCAGACUACGAUACAAAGUUUAGAAGGUCAAUUGCAUAUAGCGCAGGAAUGCUUAUAUUAUCGCGAAGCUAGGACAGGUUCUGAUUUGGUACAUGACCAAGCCGAGCAUGCUCUUUUGAAAGAGGUGGAAGUGGUCAGAAAUUGUGAAAAUAAAUUAGAACAUUUUACAGAUAAAUGUGUUGAUCAGCUUACAAAUAGUAGGGCAGUCCAAAAUCAGUUAGAAAUUGAUAUAAAAAAUAAAGAAACUGCACUUGGAAUUGAUAUUACAUGUCACCAAAUGAACAAUUUCAGUCGAGGAUUAACAUAUUAUGGUGGUAUUGAAAAAUAUGACCCCAGUGUCACAGAAGCUGAAUCAUGGGCAGAAGCUUCCAAUAAUGUAGUAAAAAAAUCACAAAAAGAACGAGAAACAUCUAAUCAAUUACGAAGCGAUAUAGAAAAGGCAAUAAAUGCAGUUGGACAUGAAAUGUGGGAAGCAUGGGGAAAUACAAAUAAUGCAUUAGCCAGAAGAGCUGCAGAAAUGCUCGAAGCAAAAGAAAAAUUACAAAUACAUUUACAUAAAAUCCAACAAGAAAUCUUUGCAAUUGAAAAAAAUUUGCAAUUAAUACAAAAAGCCAUCACAGAUAAAAGUUCUGCUCUUAAAGUUGCACACACUCGUUUAGAAAGUAGAUCGCAUCGACCAGCUGCAGAAUUGUGUAAAGAUUAUGCUCAACUCAGAAUGAUCGAGGAAGUAGAAACAAUAAAUUCAAUGAUACAUGAAAUGAAUUUAAAAUUACAAAGAUUUGAAGCACAACAUCAACAACUUCUACGCACUAGAUCUAAUUUAGAAACUGAUUUAAAAUGCAAAGUUGAUUCAUUAUUUAUUGAUAGAGAAAAGUGUAUGGGCAUGCGAAGAAGUUAUCCAAUAGCAUCAGUUAUAAAAUUUUGAAUCAUAUAUGUAUCUAAAUAUAAAUAUAUCAAAAGGACAUUUAUUUGUUCUAUUUAUUUAUUUAUUUACUUUUUUAUAU